CCAUUCGUCCCUCAGCCUUAUAUUCUUAUCAGCAUCCGUAUCUCUAGACUACGAUUGCUCUUGCAACACCUGAUCCUUGUCAUUAUUUACAAUCGAACUGUUGCCCUGAGCGUAGCAAUAGCGUGGCCCCGGUAUCCGUUUCUGUCCCUCUGUUACCACAUCUUAUGCUCUCAGCGGCAGCACUAAUAGUUUCAUGCUUACUUUGCAUUCUUAUCCAAUAUUCAUGUUGUAUCUGCCAAUGCUCACUUACUUUGUAUUCUUUGUACCCACACUGUAUCUUACAUUUGUCAUUCACUCGUAUCGUUUAAAAUACAAGGUAUCAUGCAAUUUCACCAUUUCAGCUUUCCACCAUCUCAAAUUAUCAAAUCAUCAAAAAUACCUCCAAGCUCACAUGAUUCUCAUGAUUUUCAUGAUUCUUAGACACGUCUCCCCUCUCUCUAUCCCUUGCACGUAUUGAAUCUUGUUUCAGGUCCGGAGAUUUAUAUCCCGCUAUCCGAGAGCAAGUUCUCCC